UAACUAAUUCAGCAGCGGCGGAUGUUAGAAAAAGAAGUGCCCGCUCAAUUAACUAUUUGGACGGGGUGAGGGGAAAGAAAAAAUAAAAACAAAUCAAACUUACAAAACAAAGAAAGCAGAAAGGCAUAGCAGAAAGGGAGGUCUCAACUCCCAAAAUCACGAGCUUCCAUAGCCGGAUCCCCUUCACUUUGCUCUACUUACUCUCCCUCUUAUCGCUCUCCUAUCAGCUUCCGUGCUCUUCAAUUUGAGAGAGAGAGAGAGAGAGAGAGAGAGAGAGAGAGAGAGAGAGAGAGAGAGAGGAUGGAAUCGGGAUCAGCUGGCGGAGGAGGAGAAGGGCAGAUAAGGGGUGUCCUCACCCAUGGCGGCCGCUACGUUCAGUACAAUGUCUACGGAAACCUGUUUGAGGUUUCUACUAAGUACGUUCCUCCGAUUCGGCCUAUAGGCCGUGGCGCCUACGGCAUCGUGUGUGCGGCUGUGAACUCACAAACCCGGGAGGAGGUUGCUAUUAAAAAAAUUGGUAGCGCUUUUGAUAAUAGAAUUGAUGCCAAGAGAACUUUAAGAGAAAUAAAGCUUCUACGACACAUGAAUCAUGAUAAUAUUAUUGCCAUCAAGGACAUUAUACGCCCACCCCAAAGGGAAAACUUCAAUGAUGUAUACAUUGUUUAUGAGCUCAUGGAUACCGAUCUUCAGCAGAUAAUUCGUUCCAAUCAGCCAUUGACAGAUGACCAUUGCCAGUAUUUCCUGUAUCAGAUAUUACGUGGAUUAAAAUUUGUUCAUUCUGCACAUGUUUUGCACCGUGACCUCAAGCCAAGCAAUUUGCUCUUGAAUGCGAAUUGUGAUCUUAAGAUAGGAGAUUUUGGCCUUGCCAGGACAACAUCAGAAACCGAUUUCAUGACAGAAUAUGUUGUCACUCGUUGGUAUCGAGCACCUGAGCUUCUUUUAAACUGUUCAGAGUACACUGCUGCUAUUGAUAUUUGGUCAGUGGGGUGCAUUCUUGGUGAGAUUGUAACUCGAGAAGCUCUAUUUCCAGGAAGAGACUAUGUUCAUCAGUUAAGGCUGAUCACUGAGCUUAUAGGUUCCCCAGACGACACAAGCCUCGGGUUUCUCCGAAGUGACAAUGCAAGAAGAUACGUGAAGCAGCUCCCUCAGUAUCCAAGGCAAAGAUUCUGCGCCAGAUUCCCAAAUACGUCCAUUGGGGCUGUUGAUUUGCUGGAGAAAAUGCUCGUUUUUGAUCCAAGCAAGAGAAUUACAGUUGAUGAGGCACUAUGCCACCCAUAUUUGGCAUCUUUCCAUGAACUAAAUGAAGAACCAGUAUGCCCUACUCCUUUCAACUUCGAUUUUGAGCACCCAUCACUAACUGAGGAGGACAUCAAGGAGCUGAUAUGGAGGGAAUCCUUGACAUUCAAUCCUGACCUUAUGCGGUAGAUUUUUUUCGGUUUCCAUGUAUGAAAUAAAAUUUUCUGGAAAUAAAUUUCACUUGAUCUUUUGAGGGUUAAGGAUUCAGUAUAUUUUGGUGGGGCUGGAAGUGUGAAAUAGAUGCUUGUACAAUAUUACAGACUACAGAGCUUCAAUACUUUAUCAGAACAAUUCUACCCUUUUUUUCUUCUUUCUUUUUCAAAAUUGUUAGCCUUGUAGUUUUUAUUGAAACAAGAUUAGCACGUUCGACUA